AGAGAGAGAGAGAGGAACACAUUUUCAUCCAAACCUCUCCGUUUUUUCCACAGCCUAUCUCUGCUCCGCGGCUCAGCGAAGCUCCCUAUUGUUUAUGCGUGAAGGGAGGAAAGAAAAAAAAAUCAUUCGGCUUGUUCUCUAAGCGCAUCCAGUGACUCAUUUUCUAACAUUUUUUCCCAUUAUUAUUUUUAGAUCUGAUGCUCGAUUUUCGCCGCUCUGAAUGCUGCAUUCAUUGUCAACUUCUCCCGAUUUCUCCACUUCGACUUGAGCUGCAUCAUGAAUAGUUUGGGGGCACCUUACAAUCGCGUACCUCUGGAAUGGUGGGGAUUACACGGCCGAAACCCGGAGAGCAUGUAAACGCAGAUGGAGUUUGGGAUUUAUUGCAAUAUAAGGGAAAGAUGACCGUCUUCUCAUUGUGCUUGCUCCUGUGCGCGGAUCUACUGGAUUUAGCCGUCGGAUAUUUGACAGUUACCAUAGAGCCCCUGCCUCCUGUUGUUGUGGGCGAGACUGUUACUCUCAAGUGCAACUUCAAAACUGAUGGAAGGCUUCGAGAGAUUGUUUGGUACAGGGUCACAGAUGGAGGUACCAUAAAGCAGAAAAUCUUCACCUACGAUGCUAUGUUUAAUACAAAUUACUCCCACAUGGAGGACUACCGCAGACGUGAAGACCUUGUGUAUCAAUCAACUGUCCGGCUCCCAGAGGUGCGGAUCUCAGACAACGGGCCUUAUGAAUGCCACGUGGGCAUCUACGACCGGGCAACGAGGGAGAAGGUUGUCUUGGCUUCAGGGAAUGUUUUUCUCACCGUUAUGUCACCUCCCAACAACAUAUCAGUGGUGGCAGAGAACACUCCAGCCCCUUUCAGUCGAUACCAGGCCCAGAAUUUCACUCUCGUCUGCACUGCAAAGGGAGGAAAACCAGCCCCAUCGGUGUACUUCAAGCGUGAUGGGGAGCUGAUUGAGGUGAUCUCCUACACUCAACCCUCGACUGGCGAGCAGGGAAGCAGCGCGGCAGGGGUGCGAGGAGCCCGGCCGCUCAUCAGCAGGGACCUCGAUGACACCAAGCUGCAGCGCUCCCUCUCCCUGCUGGACCCUGAGGGCCGAGCCGCCCACCUGUACACGGAGAGCCCCCAGCGUGUCCACACUCAGGGCCAGCAGGCGUCAGAGCCCAGCCCUGCCACAGAGGUCAUCCCAGAGACAGUGGUCAGCCGGGAGUUCCCCCGCUGGGUCCACAGCACGGACCCUCUCUACUACUUCAGCCACACUCACAUCCCCCAGAGUGACGGCUCUGUGGUGGUGCAGGCCCGGCUCACCUGGACCCUCAACCCUCAGCUAGAUAAUGAUGCCCUGUUCAGCUGUGAAGUCAAACACCCAGCACUGUCCAUGCCCAUGCAGACAGAAGUAACUCUAGCUGCUCCUAAGGGUCCUAAACUCUUGAUGUCCCCCAGUAGGGCAAAGGUAGGGGACACAGUGCGAAUCACUGUGCAAGGAUUCCAGGUAGGAUCGCCUGGGAAUGAGGUUUUCCCUGAACCUCUCUUCACCUGGACGCGGGUCGGGGGCCGACUGCUGGACGGCAGCACCGAGCGGGAGGGGAAGGAGCUGAUUCUGGAGAGAGUGCCGGCCGAGCUCAACGGCUCGAUGUAUCGCUGCACGGCCCAGAAUCCUCUGGGUUCCACAGAUACGCACACUCGCCUCAUAGUCUUUGAAAAUCCAAGUAUGAUGAAAAACACACAGAAUCAGAACAAUGAAGCCUCUCGCACGGACGUGCUUGGACUGACGUGGAUGGCAGUUGUCCUCACAGUAACAGUGGAACUGACGUGAAAGCUCUCACCCAAGACACUCUCACUCACCAACACACAUACUUGCCCUUCUUACGUGACAUCCACAUAUGCACACGGACGCACAUACAUGCACACAUGCACACACGCACACACACUUUCCACAGUCCCGCAAGCCUUCUCCAGUCAUCAACAGACCCUCCAUACGUCAGUCGAUCAGGAAACAGUGCCACCACAUGAUGGCACUUUCACUGUUUUUGUAACAAAAUAAUAACCAAGAUAAUGAUAUUAAAAGAAUAACAUGAUGAACAUGACAGUAACCACCCCCUAUAUAGCCCUGCCCAGUUACACCUUUUUUUGUUUCUUGUCCCACGUCUGCCUGUUGAUCAAUAAAAUCAGUUGAUUUGAAACGGAAAAGAAAAAAGCAGUUGGAUUUUAUUUUUGAUGAGUCAAAAUAUCAUUGGUGUUGACUGAAAUGUGAAAAAAAUGGAACUGGCUUAGACUGUGCCACCCUGUCAACCACAACCCAAUGGUUACACGUCCUGGGAUGCAACUGAUUAGCAACAAGCUGAUAAACCACGGGAGAACAAAAAAGGAAAUAAAAAAAAACGUGCUCCAAGAGAACCUUCUUUUUUUAUUAUUAAUAUACAAGUUUCUUUUUUCCUGAUGGCUUGGAAUGUACAAGAGGAUUUAAAUGCAUUGAGAAACUAGAAAAAAAAUCUCAUUUUUGAGUGUAUUUUGUGUACAUCAGUGUAAAUACUGAAAAAUAAUUAAAAAAUAAAGAAGCUAUAUGGGUUAUGGCGAGGGACGGGUACCGAGAUAGUUGGAGUUUACACUUCUCCACCUUUGUUUGUACUUCAUUCAACACUGUUUUCAGAGAUAAUUCUUGGCUGAAAGGACGGAAACAUUAACAGCCUUUCUGUUUCUCAUUUGGGCUUUUUAUAUCUAUAUGGCAGGUCUCCAAGGACAGACUAAAAAAGUAUCUAACAUAUGUCUGCUGUUUUGGGGUUGUGGUGCAUGUGACGUUUGAAGAUUCUUUCUCCUUUUGGUGUGUUGCUAUGGACAGCACUGCAACUCAUUGUCACUGGCCUGUAAUCCAGUUAUUUACUUGUGACAUACUAUCUUAAGUGACCUACAUUGUGAACAAUACGUAACUCUUACCCAGACAUUUACAGUACUAGUAGGAUCAUUUUAGCCGCCAUUCCAGGGAGGAGCUCACCUGAGGCAGCUUGUGUAAACAGGGUUGUUGCAUUUGUUUCAUUUCACCUGUAUUAAAAUGGAGAGAUGAUAAAACUCACAAGCCUUGACUUUACUUAAAACAGCAUUCAACAUCUUCCUGCCUCGUUUAAUGCUGGGAACAUGUAAUAUACAGUAUGUAAUACUGCACACACCUGCUAGACGUCAUGGUUGCAGGACUUGUUUACAGUCUAAUUCGAUUCUAAUCCCAUCAUAUCAGGGAAAUUUGAAAACAAAACCUAUGCCAGGAGGUAUACACUUGUAUUAUCAGAGACACGCUCCAAAAAUUACUUUGAGAUAUUUCCAAUUGUAUUGUUCUCAACAUUUCUUUUGGAGGAGAUUGUGACAUUGUCAUUAACCCUUUACAGUCUCUCAGUGAAGGGUAGCUUAAUGCAAAGUAAUCCGGCGUUUUUUGGACUUCACAAGAAUUGCAAUUUAAGCUAUUCUAAGGACACAACGUGUAUUAAGGGAUUAGGGUUUAAACCAGGUGGGAGGUAAGAGGGGAGAUUUUUAAAGCUUAGUUGAAUAGAAGGGAUAGACCUAUCCGUUUGGGAUAUCAGCUCACCUUGCCGAAGUACAAUCCAUAUUCCUGUAUUCCGGAGAUGAGAGCUGCAUAGCACAAACAUUAUUAUCAGACAGUCAUAUGCGCUUCGAAUUAUUUUUUUAUUUUUCCAGUGAGGGAUGCAAAGGGCACAAAUCCUUGUCCACCCACCAUAUAGCAUUAUAACUCGACUAUCACUGUAAUUUUUAUUCAAGAGGCACUUCUGUGAUUUUUGCAUUUAUCACUCACUCCACAUCCUAAAGAGAAAAACAGGUCCGUUUCUGAAUGCAUUAGAAUGUGCAAGGAGAAUGUGAAAAUUGUCUUUAUAUGACUUAAUCAUCACGCCAGAAGAAAUGCACCAUGACUGUGUGUGAGUGUAUACGUAUGUGAUACUAUUGUCCAAAGUAAUUGUAUGUAUGAACACUUCAUGUAACUUAAAAUUCAGAACAUUAGGUCAAAGCUGUCCUGGACCAAAAUGAUCCAUCAGGCAAUAAAUGUGACGCUUUUAAAUAUGUGGCUUUAUUACAUUUUCUGUUCUAUAGAAAGGAAGACACCCCUGUUCUCAGUUAGUCUCCUUAUUUGGGUUUAUUUGUGAGAAGACUGGAUAACCCUUAUGUAUAACGUUUGAGCCACGGUAGUCUUAUUGCCCCUAUUUUUGUUUUCCUAACAAAUCGAUAAGUUAAAAAUGUGAUGGUGACACAAUAAAAAAACUUUAUUUUUUGUGUUUAA